AUGCCUCCGCCGCGAGCUAAGGAGUGGACCUAUGUGUCCACGCUGGUGCUGAAGCUGCAGCUGUUGUCUUCUGAACUCAACCACUCCCUGCGCGAGUUCUCGGCCAAGUCACUCAGAAACAUCCCCAAGUCCAUUCGGAGCAUAGAGAGCGUGCGCAAGGAGGCUUCGGCCCUGCAAACCCAAAUCACUUCGUUUGCGGAAACGCUCGAAAAGAUCGAGGGCAACGCAGACAAUUCUCUCGAGGUGUUGGCGGCUCUCGACACGGUGAAGAUGUCGAUGGAGAAGUGCUCCAGCAUUCUCGUGGAAGCCGAGAAGCUGAAGCGCCUCUCCGAAGACGUGGACAAUGUCUUUAGGACCAACGACUUCCGCCGUAUUGCGGAUCACAUACUCGGGAUGAAGCAGAGCUUGGACAUACUGAAGGAGAUUCCUCAGUUCCAAGACAACCAGCGCCAGCUGAUGCUCUAUCAGGACAGACUCGAGGGCAUGACCCGGCCGCAUCUGCUCGCGGCCUUCAACAAACACGAAACCGAGGCCACAUUGAACUUCGUGGACGUGUUCCAGAAGAUCGACAGAAAGAAGCAGCUGCAGCAGCACUACUACAGGUGCCGUUUGGUCCCGCUCGAGCAGCAGUGGCAUACAUUCAAGCGGCCCGAAGCCGGGCGCAGCAGCUCGUCGUUUGUUGAUUGGCUCCCCUCGUUUUACGAUUCCGUGCUGGCCACUCUCAACCACGAGAAAACGUGGGUGGCCCAAGUGUUCCCGACGGAUCCGCACGUGCUGCCGUCCCUCGCCGCCUACGUCCUCUCCACCCUCACCGAGUCCGUGCUGCUGAAUCAGCUCAUCGCCGCCUACACCGUCACCAGCAACUUCUCGCUGACCGUCCUCGCCAGCCUCGGGCUUCAGGAUGCGACUUCCAGCGUUGCGGUGGAGGCAGCGCAGGCAGUGGUGCGGGCCAUCUUCUGUCCUUACUUCCCCUACCAGAAGGACUACGCCAACCUGGAGGCCACCAAUCUCACCCAAGAGCUGGUUACCCUCAAGCCGGCGUGUGCUGGCUUUGCGGAAACGCUGCGCCUGGUCGACAAUUCGGCGUCCAAGCUCUUCCUGGUGGCCGAGGCCGCCAUCGAUCGUUGCGUCCAGUUCACCAAGGGCUCGGAAGCGGAAGGCCUCUUGCGCGUACUCUCCGAAUUCUUGGUCAAGUACGUGCAGCACUUGUUUGACGUGCUGCAGCACCUGCGGAUCGCUGCCCACCUGGACAUCGGUCCCGACACCGCCGGCGGCCAGCCCGCAGCCGGCCGCCACGCCAGACAGGCAUCUCGGGGAGCUCAAAUGCACCAGGAGCACGAUUGGUCCUACUUCCAGGGCGCCCUUCAACUGCUCCAAAUUGCCUCCACGCUGGCCGACAGUAUGUCCGGCUUCGACAGACAGCUGCGCUCGAUUCUGGCCAGCCUCCGGGGCGGGCUCUUCGGGACCCAGUUCCAGGUCCAGAAGGACGCCACCUACCAGGCCAUUCCAUGCAUUCACCUGCGCGAGGAGCCGGAGAAGGCGAGGCGUCUCUGGGGCUUCUUCCAGAGUCUCGAAGAUGUGGGCGUCAAGUUGCUGCCCGUCCCGUCGCAGCAGUUGACGUCGCUGAAUGCGUCGUGCCAGUCCUUCGUGUAUGACACCAUGUUCCAGUCCAUCAAGGAGCAGCUCGCGCAGUUUCCCACUCUGCCCCAAGACGAGACCAAGGUGGCCAACGUGGAGGUGCCCACCUUCAGCAAGCAGCCGCUCAGCUACAUCACCCAUAUCGGCGAGCAUCUGUUCGACUUGCCGCAGCAGCUGGAGCCGUUUGCCGCCACCCAUCCCUCGCUGUCCUUGGCGCCCGGGGGCGGAAUUGCCGAGUCUGCUGAGGACGAGAAUGACUCAGAGGGUCCCGGUUACCUGUGCACCAUCCUGAGCGCUCUGCGUGUGACUCCGGCCAAGUCGCUUGCGGCCAUCCAGCACUUGCUUGAAGCGCCCGUCAGCGAGUUGACUUCCGACACGGGUCCGUCGGAUGAGGAGGUGAGCGGUGGCGUGGCCACCUACCGUGCGCAGAUCGCAAAGAUUAGAGGCGCAAGCAGCGCCUAG